CCGCCCGUCUGCUGCCUCCCGGCUGCCCGUCUGCCACGCUCUGCACCCUCGCGCUCUCGCUCCCGCAGGCGCAUUGGCGAAUUUGCCUGCAUAGAGGCCUUUCCGGCUGCGGCCGGCCAUUGCAGCACCCCCGAACCUCCGCCGCCGCCUCGUAGCAGCCAUGAGUUCGACCAACAACGCCCCCAGUCUGCAGCCGCCCUUUGCCGAGCUCGAGCCGGAGAUCUCCAACCCCGUCAAGCGCAUCCGCUGGGCGACGCACCGCGCGACGGGCACCCAGGCCGAGAACAAGCGCCACUCGCUGAAGGAGCGCCUGCACCGCCGCAUCAACUCGGGCGAGAAGCGCGACUCGCUGGGGAAAGAGGGCGGCUCGCUCGGCGGGCUCGAGGGCGACAAGUCGCCUGCGUCGUCCGAUGCCGGUCACGACGAGGAGGACUCUGGCCGCCGCGUCUACUUCAACGUGCCGCUGCCGCCCUCGGAACGCGACGAGGACGGCACCCCGAUCCACUCGUACGCGCGCAACAAGAUACGAACCGCCAAAUACACCCCUAUAAGCUUCGUGCCGAAGAACCUGUGGUUCCAGUUCCACAACAUUGCCAACAUCUACUUCCUGUUUAUUAUUAUCUUGGGCAUCUUCCAGAUUUUCGGAGCCUCGAAUCCCGCCCUGAACGCCGUGCCCCUUAUCGUCAUCAUCGUCGUGACUGCCAUCAAGGACGCUGUCGAGGACUGGCGGAGGACAAUCCUCGACAAUGACCUCAACAACGCCCCCGUGCACCGACUGGUCGACUUCAACAAUGUCAACACCGCCGAGGACACCAUCUCGCCGUGGAGGAGGUUCAAGAAGGCGUGCACGAAGACCAUCAUCGUCACCUACAGGCUCAUGAAGAAAGCGAGCAGCAAGAAGAAUGCCAAGGGCAAAGAGGGCAGUGAGCGUGGCAACGACGGCCUCCGUUCCUCCGUCGACACUCGCCGCGCUUCGGUCGCUACUCGCAGGUCCUCGUACAUGGAAGCGGAGGAGGGCAUUCCGAUGACCCCGGUUCCUUCGCCUUUGCCUGGCGCGUCGCCUAGCCAUUCGCCUCCACCUAGCGCGACCGGUCCUGGCGAAAGCGAUAAGAUUCGAGGCGCAGACUCAAAGGGAACGGCGACCAAGAAGUUCUGGGGCAGCGUGCUCAAUCCUUUCAAGACUUCUCCAGAGGCCGCUCGCUUCAAGAAAGAUGCAUGGAAGAACGUACAGGUCGGUGAUUUCAUCCGCCUGUACAACGACGAGGAAAUCCCUGCAGACGUUAUUGUCCUAUCGACGUCGUCGGACGACGGCGCUUGCUAUGUUGAGACCAAAAACUUGGACGGAGAGACGAACCUGAAAGUUAGAAACGCUCUGCAUUCUACACGCGACGUACGGCACGCCCGCCACUGCGAACGCGCCGAAUUCGCUAUUGAGAGCGAAGGCCCACAUUCGAACCUGUACUCUUACAGCGCUGUCAUCAGGUGGCAGCAGCAUAAUCCCAAGGAUCCAGAAACCCCCACCUAUGAAAUGGCUGAGCCCGUCUCGAUCAACAACCUUCUCCUGCGAGGUUGCCAGCUGCGAAACACCGAAUGGGUACUUGGCGUGGUUGUUUUCACUGGAGAGGAGACUAAGAUCAUGAUCAACUCUGGUGUGACGCCUAGCAAGCGCGCUAGGAUCUCGAAGGAUCUCAACUGGAACGUCAUCUACAACUUUAUCAUAUUGGCAUUAAUGUGUUUGGUCUCUGGAAUCGUUCUCGGUGUCACCUGGGCCAGGGACGAUACCUCACAUUCAGUCUUCGAGUAUGGUUCCUACGGCGGAAGCCCAGCAACAGAUGGUGUCAUCUCCUUCUGGGCUGGUGUUAUUCUGUUCCAGAAUUUGGUCCCCAUUUCUCUUUACAUCACCUUGGAAAUUAUCCGUACCUUGCAGGCGCUCUUCAUUUACAGCGACGUUCAAAUGUACUACGAAGAGCUCGACUACCCUUGCACACCCAAAUCCUGGAAUAUAUCGGAUGAUGUCGGACAGGUCGAAUACAUCUUUUCAGACAAGACAGGUACAUUAACCCAGAAUGUCAUGGAAUUCAAGAAGUGCACGAUCAACGGUGUCCCAUACGGCGAGGCCUACACCGAAGCUCAAGCUGGUAUGCAAAGAAGACAAGGCAUUGACGUCGAAGUUGAAGGUGCCCGCGCCCGAGAGCAAAUCGCUCGCGACCGCGUGCGAAUGCUCGAGGGAAGCCGCAAAUUGCACAACAACCCUUACCUGCGAGAUGACGAUCUCACUUUCGUUGCACCAGACUACGUCGAUGAUCUUGCUGGUACGUCCGGUGCAGAGCAGAAGACGGCCAACGAACAAUUCAUGCUUGCACUUGCUCUCUGCCACACCGUUGUCACCGAGAGAACACCAGGAGACCCUCCGAAGAUCGAGUACAAGGCCCAGUCUCCUGAUGAGGCGGCGCUUGUUGCAACGGCUCGUGACGUCGGAUUCACCUUCGUCGGUCGAGAAGACGACAAGCUCAUCGUUAACGUCCUUGGUGAUGAGCGUCGAUAUCAAGUUCUCAACACACUGGAGUUCAACUCCACCCGAAAACGUAUGAGCGCGAUCAUCAGAAUGCCUGAUGGGAAGAUCAUGCUGUUCUGCAAGGGUGCUGAUAGCAUGAUUUACUCCCGGUUGAUCCCCAACGAGCAAAGACAGCUACGUGUUACCACCGGUGAACAUCUUGAGAUGUUCGCAAGAGAAGGACUUCGAACUCUCUGCAUCGCGCAGAAGGAACUUGGCGAGCAGGAGUAUGCUGAUUGGAACAAGGACUACGACAUCGCCGCCAAUUCUAUUGCUGAUCGAGAGGAAAGACUUGAGGAAGUGUCCGACCGAAUUGAGAACCAAUUAUGGCUAAUCGGCGGUACGGCUAUCGAAGACAGACUGCAAGAUGGCGUACCAGAGUCGAUAUCGCUUCUUGGUCAAGCCGGCAUCAAACUUUGGGUUUUGACUGGCGACAAAGUCGAAACAGCCAUCAACAUCGGAUUCUCUUGUAACCUUCUUGACAACGACAUGGAUCUCGUUAUCCUCAAGGUCACAGAUGACAACAUCGAUUCAUUGGAAGCUCAGCUCGAUGAGAAGCUGGCUAUUUUCGGCUUGACGGGUUCUGCAGAAGAGCUAAAGGCUGCCCAAGACGACCACGAGCCCCCACCACCGACCCAUGCCAUCAUCAUUGAUGGCGACACUCUCAAACUUGCAUUGGAUGAUACUCUCAAGCGAAAGUUCCUUCUGCUUUGUAGACGUUGUCGUUCUGUGCUUUGCUGUCGUGUCAGCCCCAGCCAAAAGGCUGCCGUAGUCAAUAUGGUCAAGACAGGUCUCGAUUGUCUAACGCUGGCCAUCGGUGAUGGUGCCAACGAUGUCGCCAUGAUCCAGGAAGCCCACGUUGGUGUCGGUAUUGCCGGUGUUGAGGGCCGCGCAGCUGUCAUGUCCUCCGAUUACGCCAUCGGACAAUUCCGCUUCUUGACUCGCCUCGUACUCGUCCAUGGUCGGUGGUCUUACCGACGUCUGGCAGAGACUAUUGCCAAUUUCUUUUACAAGAACAUCGUCUGGACGUUCGCCCUUUUCUGGUAUCAGAUCUACACCAACUUCGACAGCCAGUACAUCUUCGACUACACGUACAUCAUUUUCUUCAAUCUUGCUUUCACUUCUCUCCCAGUUAUUGUAAUGGGUGUACUGGACCAAGACGUCGAUGACAGGAUUUCGCUUGCAGUCCCCCAGCUGUAUCGUCGCGGCAUUGAGCGGAAGGAGUGGACUCAGCCCAAAUUCUGGGCAUACAUGGUUGACGGCGUCUACCAAUCCGCUAUCGCAUUUUUCUUGGUAUACGAAAUCUUCUAUCCUGCUACGUUUUCAACUUCAAACGGUCUGGACGUUGCAGAGUACAGGCGCAUGGGUGUAUACGCGGCAACCACUGCUGUCUGUGCUGCCAAUAUCUACGUCCUCUACAAUACCUAUCGAUGGGAUUGGCUGAUGCUACUGAUCGUCGCCAUCAGUACGAUCCUGGUUUGGACUUGGACAGGCAUUUACACAUCUUUCACUGGAAGUGCUCAGUUCUACAAGGCUGGCGCGGAAGUGUACGGGACUUUGAACUUUUGGGCGUACGUUCUCGUUGCGACAAUCAUGUGUCUGCUUCCGCGAUUCAUCUUCAAGGCUGCACAAAAGAUGUACUUCCCUCUCGACGUCGACAUCAUCCGCGAACAGGUCAGCCAAGGAAAGUUUGACUACCUGAAAGACAACACUAGCUACCUUCCCCCUCCACCCGGUAAGGCUGCCCCGGUUGUACCGGUAGCCGAUGCAGACAAAUACAAGGUCGCCAACGCCGAGCCUACCGAUGACGAUGUUCGACCCAUAUACCCUCCUUCCGUAGCGCCAACUGCCACAACGCAUAAUCCUCGGAGUCAGAAUGGGAGCAACAGCACCGACUACACAUAUCGCCGCUCGAUGGAAGGACUCCCUGCGGCGCCUCGGAUGUCUUCUGAAGGUCGUCCACUUAACAGCUACGAAAAUCAUCGCGUGCGGCCCAGCUUCGACCGCGCAAGAAUGUCUAUGGACCGUGUGAGGCCGAGUUUCGAACAAAGCAACGACUUCACUUCAGCAGCUAUGCUCACUCGCAUCGAGUCAGCUCACAGCCGACACAGCUAUGUCGGGCGCACUGGCAGCCAAAGCGGCUCAACCGGGGCAGCCGGCAACAUAGGAAGUCGAUUAAGGAACGCCAUCCGUCGUGCGACGAUUACACGAGAGGAGGCACCCACAGACCCCCAUGACGCACCAGCUGUACCUGCGAUAACCACAAGUUCACCAAAAAGCUCACCGGAACUAAAAUCAUCAGAAUUCAAAUCACCACCAAAGAGUCCACCAAGGUGACGGUGACGACGCCGCAUUUCCACUGUUUUAACGACUUGUAU